GCAACUAUCAUCCUUCUAGUUGGUCAGCCCAGUACGGAACUUGCUGUGAAACUGAUCGAUACACUCGCUUAGGCCUCAAGCACGACUCGUGCCAGAAUUUCUGCUCGUGUCGUCACUGUUUCAGCUGGGUGUCUCGUCAACCCAUUGCGCUCCUCGGCUUAUAUCUCCCACUUGCGUUCUUCGCACUCCUUCGCUAUAAUAACAUGGCACACGGCGUGGAGCAGUGUCGAGCGGCCUUGCAGGAGUGUCCUCCUGGCCAUCCUCGUCGAUCUGCGUGUCUCAGCGAGCUUGCCAACAGCCUUCGAAACAGCUUCCAGCAGCGGGGUGUCCCUUCUGACCUGGAUGAAUCCAUUGAGCUGCAUCGAGCUGCACUGCUGCUCUGUCCACCUGGCCAUUCUGAUCGAUCCUUGUCUCUCAACAACCUUGCCAUCAGCCUUCGGGACAGAUUCAAGCAGCGGGGUGUCCUGUAUGAUCUGGAUGAGUCCAUCGAGCUCCUUCGAGCUGCACUGGCGCUCUGUCCCCCGGGUCAUCCAGAUCGAUCCUCGUCUCUCAACAGCCUUGCCAUCAGCCUUCAGGACAGAUUCCAGCAGCAGGGUGCCCUGCAUUAUCUGGAUGAGUCCAUUGAGCUGCAUCAAGCUGCACUGCUGCUCCUUCCACCUGGCCAUUCUGAUCGAUCCUCGUCUCUCAACAACCUUGCCAUCAGCCUUCGGGACAGAUUCAAGCAGCGGGGUGUCCUGCAUGAUCUGGAUGAGUCCAUUGAGCUGCAUCGAGCUGCACUGCUGCUCUGUCCACCUGGCCAUUCUGAUCGAUCCUUGUCUCUUAACAAUCUUGCCAUCAGCCUUCGGGACAGAUUCCAGCAGCAGGGUGCCCUGCAUUAUCUGGAUGAGUCCAUUGAGCUGCAUCGAGCUGCACUGCUGCUCUGUCCACCUGGCCAUUCUGAUCGAUCCUUGUCUCUUAACAAUCUUGCCAUCAGCCUUCGGGACAGAUUCAAGCAGCAGGGUGCCCUGCAUGUUCUGGAUGAGUCCAUCGAGCUCCUUCGAGCUGCACUGGCGCUCUGUCCCCCAGGCCAUCCUCAUCGAUCCUCGUCUCUCAACAACCUUGCCAUCAGCCUUGGAUACAGAUUCCAGCAGCAGGGUGUCCUCUCUGACCUGGAUGAAUCUAUUGAGCUCCUUCGAGCUGCACUGGCGCUCUGUUCCCCAGGCCAUCCUCAUCGAUCCUUUUCUCUCAACAACCUUGCUAUCAGCCUUCGGGACAGAUUCAAGCAUCAGGGUGUCCUGCAUGAUCUGGAUGAGUCCAUUGAGCUGCAUCGAGCUGCACUGCUGCUCUGUCCACUUGGCCAUUCUGAUCGAUCCUUGUCUCUCAACAACCUUGCCAUCAGCCUUCAGUGCAGAUUCAAGCAGCAGGGUGCCCUGCAUGAUCUGGAUGAGUCCAUUGAGCUGCAUCGAGCUGCACUGCUGCUCUGUCCACCUGGCCAUUCUGAUCGAUCCUUGUCUCUUAACAAUCUUGCCAUCAGCCUUCGGGACAGAUUCCAGCAGCAGGGUGCCCUGCAUUAUCUGGAUGAGUCCAUUGAGCUGCAUCGAGCUGCACUGCUGCUCUGUCCACCUGGCCAUUCUGAUCGAUCCUUGUCUCUCAACAACCUUGCCAUCAGCCUUCGGGACAGAUUCCAGCAGCAGGGUGUCCUGCCUGAUCUGGAUGAGUCCAUUGAACUCCUUCGAGCUGCACUGGCGCUCUGUCCCCCGGGUCAUUCAGAUCGAUUCUUGUCUCUCAACAACCUUGCCAUCAGUCUUAGAUACAGAUUCCAGCAGCGAGAUCUCCUUUCUGACCUGGAUGAGUCAAUUGAGCUCCACCGAGCUGCACUGGCACUCUGUCGCCCCGGUCAUUUUGGUCGGUCUUCGUCUCUCAACAACCUUGCCGUUAGCCUCAGGGACAGAUUCCAGCAGCGGGAUGUCCUCUCUGACCUGAAUGAGGCCAUUUGGCUCAAUCGAGCUGCAUGUAUGCUCUGUCCCCCCGGCCAUUCUGAUCGAUCUUCUUCUCUCAACAACCUUGCAAACACCCUUCGGGCCAGGUUCCAGCGGCAGCGUAUCCUUUCUGAUCUGGAUGAGUCUAUUGAGCUCCAUAGAGCUGCACUGGCACUCCGUCCCCCUGGCCAUUCUGAGCGACCUUCGUCGCUCAAUGACCUUGCCAUCUGCCUUGGAGACAGAUUCCACAAACAGAAUAUGCUCUCUGACCUGGAUGAGUCUAUCGAGCUCCAUCGAGCCGUCCUGGCGCUUUGUCCCCCUGACCAUUGUGAUCGAUCCUCAUUUCUCAACGAUCUUGCCCUCAGCCUUCAAACCAGAUUCCAUCGGCAUGGUGUAUCAUCGUCAUCAGACUUGGACGAAGCCUUCAUGCUUUAUUCACAACUCUCCCAAGUAUCUCAUGCAGUCUCUCGUAGCGAUUUUCGCGCCGCCAAGUCAUGGGCUGCCUCUGCCGAGCAGCUUAAGCACAACUCUGCACUGAUCGCCUAUCAGACCACAUUGAAAUUCCUGGAUGAGCACGUUGCUGUUUUGGCGUCGUCUCCACACCAUUUCGAUGUCGUCAGGGAGGCCUCAUCCCUCGCAAUGGACGCAUUUUCAUGCAGUGUUCGUCUUGGUGUUCUGACAACUGCUGUCGAACUGGUGGAACGAGGUCGUGCAGUGUUCUGGACGCAGAUGGUACGCUUCCGCACACUUUCUGCGUCAGGUGGCGAAGCCCUGGCAAAAGAGUUCAUGCAACUCAGCUUUCGCCUGCGUCACGCAUUCAAGGUGUCUACAGAAGACCAGUCCCCACACAUACAACAACUGGCCGUGCAAUUGGAUGAUGUCAUCUCACGCAUCCGCAUGCUGCCUGGCCUUUCCCGUUUUCUCCUGCCUCAAAUAUUCUCUGACCUCCAGAGGGCUGCAGAAGGAGGACCGGUCAUUAUUGUCAAUGCAAGCCAGUACAGCUGUGAUGCCUUGAUUAUCCCGAGUGCCCACGAUCCGGUCCAUGUUUCACUCGAUAUUACACGAGCCGAGGUCUCCGAAUUGUCCUCCGAGUUUCAGUCUCUCACAGAGCUUGUGGGUUCUUCUGAUCAUCAACUUGAAUUAAACAAGAUGAUUGGUGUUCUGCGCACACUCUGGCAUCGCAUCGUUAAUCCCGUAGUUCAGGCUCUCCGGGGUUUAGUGCGCCCUCACUCACGCAUCUGGUGGUGUCCAACCGCUGAGUUCACGCUACUUCCUCUGCAUGCAGCAGGACCCUACGAGGGGAAGAGUCAUGAUGGGAAGAAGAGCCAUAAUUUGUCUCACUUUUACAUAUCCUCUUACAUCCCAACUUUGGCGGAACUCAUUCGCGCGAGACAGCAAAUUUCCCGAGAUACGACCGGUCAGCACUUUGUUGCGAUUGGUCAAGCGAACCCGGACGGAGCAAAGCUUCUUCGAUGUAUCGCUACCGAGUUAUCCGUCGUUUCUCAGCGUCUCUCACCUCUCCUGUCCUUCACACCACCUGCCUUAUCCUUCACGCAGCUCGCGGACAGUGAUGCGACAGUCCGCGGAGUAUUCGAUGCGUUGAGCCAAAAUCAGUGGCUUCACCUGGCCUGCCAUGGAAUGCCAAAUCGAAAACAACCGUUCGAGUCUUCCUUUGCCAUGCGUGACGGGCCUUUAACGAUCAGGGAGAUCAUGCAAUCUGACUGGCAGAAUCCGGAGUUUGCAUUCUUAUCGGCUUGCCACACUACUGUGGGUGAUGAGUUGAGCCCCGAUGAGGCGAUUCAUCUCGCUGCGGCGAUGCAAUUUUCCGGAUUUCGUAGUGUGAUAGGUUCUAUGUGGUCUGUCGACGACAACAUUGCAGCCCAGAUUGCCUCUGCUUUCUACAAGAACCUGAUCGAUGGUUCUGGGAGAUUGGACUGCACACGUGCCGCAGUUGCGUUGCACAAGGCUGUCAAGACAUUGCGCAAGGAAAUUCCACUGGAACAGCGGAUCGUAUUUAUUCACAUAGGUGUCUAGUUUGAGACUCCUUCGGACUAUUUUUAUCUUUAUUUGCUAUCGCGCGACCACUCUUGCUAACUGUCCAGAUCUGAGUGGUAUCUAUAAUG